AUGCACUGUGACCAAGCACUGGAGAGCAGGUAUUCCGAGGAGGAGAUCCGGCAGAAGGUCGGGACCUUCCGGCAGAUGCUGAUGGAGAAGGAGGGAGUACUGACCAGGGAGGACCGGCCUGGGGCCCACAUAGUGGCAGAGACCCCGCGGAGGAUGGACGGCUGACCGGGCCUGGAGUACCCACCCUUCGAUGAGGACGACGGCCCGGUGGAUUGCAACUGCCCGGUCGCCUCCUACCGCGGGCACCGGGGGGCCAGGACCAAGCACUGGUCCAGCAGCUCCGCAUCGCCCCCUCCCAAGAAGAAGAAGAAAAAGAAAGGCAGUCAUCGGAGAAGCCGCAAAAAGAGGAGGCUAGAGUCAGAAUGCAGCUGUGGGAGUGCUUCCCCCCUGCGCAAGAAGAAGGGUGUAAAGAAGCACCGUAGAGAUAGGUCUGAUUCUGGGUCCCGGAGGAAGAGGCGAUACAGAUCUCGAAGCCUCAAGAGCAAAAGAAAAGAGAGAAACAAAGAACGCAAGAGGCCUCACACUGAAUCCCCAGGCCGGAGGGCUCACCACCACAGCAGCGUCAGUUCCCACUGCCCCUCGAUGACCUCACACUACAGCGAUUCCGGAUCACCCAGCAGGCUGAGCCCCAAGCAUCGAGAUGACGGGCGGAAGACGGGCAACCAGCGAUCCAGCGGGAACCGGUCGCCGUCCCCAUCGGGCGGCAGCGGAUGGGGGUCGCCCCAACAGAACGGAGGCAGCAGGCAGCGGAGCGGAGCGCACGGGGGCCGCCCCGGCUCGGCGCACAGCCCGCCCGACAAGCCUAGUUCGCCCCGGGCCUGCGACAAGGUGGCCGCCGCGCCCACGCCGCCCGCGCGUGGGAAAGACAGUCAGAGCCCGCGCUCCGCGCCAUCGUCGCAGGGCCGCGGGGGCCGCGCGGCGGGAGGGGCGGCCAGGCGCCGUCGCCGGCGGAGGAGGAGGCGGCGAUCGCGAUCCUCGGCCAACGCGCCCCGCCGCAGGGGACGCCGGCGUGCCAAGCCCGCGCCACCCCGGGGCUCGUCCCGCUCGCUCAGCGGGGCUCACUCCAGCAGCGAGUCGGGUGGCGGCGCCCCGGGUCCAGGGCCCGAACCGGGCUCGGAGAGAGGCCACAGCGGCCACGGGAAAAGGGCAAAGGAGCGACCCCCACGCGCGCGGCCCACAAGCACCUCGCCAUCUCCAGGCGCGCACGGCCGGCGGGGUGGCCCGGAGGGGAACAGCUCAUCACGCAGCCCCGGCCCCCAUCCGGGGUCCUGGAGCUCCAGCCGCUCACCAUCCAAAUCCCGCUCACGCUCCCCAGACAAAAGGACCCGCAGCCCCAGCCUCUCCCCGUCGCCCAAGAAACCUCUUGGCCGGGACAAGGACAGCGAAGGCCGUGCGAGGCAUGCCGAGGCUGAGGCCGCCCGCACCCGACGUCGCUCCCGCAGCUACUCGCCGAUCCGAAAGCGGCGCCGAGACUCGCCCAGUUUCAUGGAGCCAAGGCGCAUCACCAGUGCCCGAAAGCGUCCCAUCCCCUACUACCGACCCAGCCCCUCCUCUUCCUCCAGCUGCUUGAGCAGUGACUACUCCAGCCGGAGCCACAGCCGGAGCCCAAGUCCCGGCCACAGCCACGGAAGCUACAGCAGCCGCAGCCACGGGACUCGCAGCCGCUCAUGCAGCGCCUCCCGCAGCCGCAGUCCCAGCUACCACAGCAGCUCCGAGAGUGGGGGCUUCUAAGUCCAGACGGACCCAUCUGGGGUUAGGAGGCCCUGGCAAAAGGAGAGGCUGGGGCCCUGAGACCUGGGAAGGAGGGGUCUGUACCCCCA